CAAAGUAGUAGGCUUCAAUGCGAAAUUGGUUUAAUGGAUAAGGAGAAGAAGGCCUACGAGACGCUGGUCCAAAUCGUGGGUGCACGGAUAGGAGCUGCUCCAGGAGCAGAGGAGGCGCAUCAUGAGCAUCCCCUGAAGCUGCUACAUCAAUUGCACAUCGCUGGCGAGAACCUCGACAGCCAAACGAUGGCUCAUCUCGCACAGCUGUUAGUAUCGUCUGUGCAGGAGGGAGUGAAGGAAGGUGGUCCGGAGGCGAACGCAUGGAUGGAUUGGCUGAACGAGCUGUUGCUUAGCAACAAACUAGCUCUGGGCGGUCCGAAGGCCGAUGAGCUCAUCCAAUGGCUGCUGCUGCGUGCGGACGAGCAUAAUGGAAGUGUGGACACCCUACGCUGUCUGUGCACGCUGCUGAAGCUGGCGGCGAUGUCGAGCAUUGCCGGCUUGGCGGCGGUUAAUGUGCGCAAGUAUUGGACGAGUCUGGCGGCCAUCAAGAUUGCGGAUAGUGUGGAUGCAAUGCUGUUGUUGGUAUUGUGCCUGGACACAGUCUUUAGCGCGUCCAUGGAGGCGGAGGAUUUGAAGCUCAGCUCCCAAGUGGCGAAUGCUUUAAUACAAGUGCACUACGUCGGCUUGUGGCAGCAACGUGCGUUGGCAGAAAACGCCACACAGAUGCCGCAGCUGCUGCAGCACACCCUUCAGUUGCUGGCCAAAAUUGCGCUGCAUAAUCCACAGUUUGUGGAGCAACAGACGCCGGAAUUGUUCGGCCUCGUCCUGGCGUACGUACAAUUUAGCACUGAGCACGAUGGCUCCGCCGUGAAGCUGCAAAUGCCGCAUCGCGUGCAACCCACCCAGCAGACGGCUGUUUAUGCCGACGACGAGGAGGAGCCGAUCAAUGGACAACGCUCCAAUGGUGGGCGUCAGCCCAAGACACGCAAAAUGCGUUCCAUCAAGAAGCGCAGCAAUACGCGCGAACAUCAGGCGCCCGUACCCACCAGUCGUGAUCAGGAGCUAUUCCUCUUGCUAACCAGCAACGAUUAUGGUGCGGACCGUACCGGCGAAUCCGAGGGCCAGACUCAAUCCGACGAGCCGACGACCCUGCAGCCACGGCAACUGAAUGCCAUGCAGGAACGUCAUCGACAGGCUAAGGUGCGUUCAGCGGCGCUCCAGCUCCUAGCAGCUAUGGUGAAGCAGCUGCCCAAACGCAGUCUCUAUGGCUACUGGCAUAUACUCUUUCCCAGCGACUGCAAAGGCAAUUGCAGCAAUUCUCUGCAUCUGCUGCACAUUGGCCAGACGGAUGGCAACGGACGGUGCCGAGCCUUGGCCCUUCAGGUGGCUGGCCAGGUCAUUUAUGGCUCCAGGAGCUACUUGAGUCAGGCCAGCUCGAUUGGCGCCAGCAACUACACGAAUUUCGCAGUCAAUCUGUCCAACAGCUUACUCUCUGCCUAUCGUACGCUCGCCCAGAUCCUGAGCCGGGAAUAUGCCCCACCGGUGUUGACGCAGAGCCUCAAAUGUCUGGCCGUGCUGGUGCAGGCGACGCCUUUCGAACAUCUGGAUAUGGGUCUGGUCUACCAGUUCGUGCCAGAAGUUAAGAAAUUAUUGCGCCAUGUGGAGGCCACCGUUCAAGUAUCCGCAUUGCUGGUCAUGGAAUUGUUGGUAGCUACGCCGCGUCUCACGCAGGAGAUCGCCUGUGCUGUGGGCUUACCCUCGGCUCACCAGGUAACCACUAAGUUGGUUAACACGGCGCCGCGUCUAAAUGUGCGCGAACAGGAGCUGAAAUUUGCUGAUCUUUGCGAUAUACUGAACGAUGCUGAACUGGAGGCAGAAGAUGAGGAGGUCGAGGAGGAAGAGCAGCAAGAACAACAGCUUGAAAAGAAGGAGGAGCAAAACGAGCAGAAGGAGGAAAAGUCCGAUGAAAAGAAACACAAUUCUGAGAAGGUGCAGCAUCCGGAAGACAAGAGGGUGGAGCAGAACUCUGAAGUGCCCCGCAACUCCUGGCUGCUGCGGUAUGUGUUUCGCCAACUGGAGUCCGUAAAUACUGCGACGCCGCUUCGCGUUGAAUGCCUGCAGGUACUGCUGGCGAUGGCCACACAUUUUGGAUUGCUGCAGGACCAUUUGGAGAGCCUGUACAAGGUCCUCUGUCUAUCUCUUACCGACAACUCGCCUGACGUCCGCCUCUAUGCGGCCCGCUGCCUGGAGGGGAAUGCCUAUCAGAUGAGUCGUCAUGUGCUGGAACUGCCGGAGCUUUGGCGGGCCGAGCACUCCAAAUUCUGGCAAAACAUUCUCCGCACCAUCUACAGCGUGUACGUGAACGUCGCAUCUCCAACAUUGAAGUGCGCGCUCUGCGACGCGCUCUCUAAUAUGGGCGCCUAUUGCUUUGAACGCUUGCCGGAGCCGCAGCGUAAUGGGCUGCUCGCUUUCUUGAGCGGCUGCAGUGGCAGCGACAAUGAAGAGCAUCAAGUGCGUGCCUCGGCGCUGCGGGCAUUGGCCGUUUAUCUGCUGCAUCCGACGCUUCGAAACGAUUUGGUGUUUGUGGAAAACACGGCAGAGUUGACGCUACGCUUAGCUGGUGAUCCACAGCUGUUGGUGCGCACAAAGGCCGCCUGGGCUUUGGGGAAUAUAAGUGAUGCCUUGGUGACGCCACUGCUGGAGUUUCCCAGUAAGUUGCCGAAGGAGCGCAUCUCAACUCCGCUGCUCUAUCGCCUUAUUGAGUGCGCAACGAGCGCCUGCAGCGAUCACGACAAGGUGCGCGCCAAUGGAGUCCGUGCUUUGGGAAACUUGCUGCGUCUUCUGAGCCUGCCGGAGCGGGGGGAACCGGAGGAGAAGCCGGAGGUGCGCGAUCUAAUGCAGCGCGCUCUCAACAAGCUGAUCGAUUGUGCACGUGCCGCUGGAAGCGCCAAGGUGAAGUGGAAUGCUUGCUAUGCCAUUGGCAGUCUAGUGCGGUGUCGAGCGCUCUUCGCCGCGGGAAAUGCAACGGCCGCCACCCUCUACCCGGCAAUUUGCCAACUGAUGGUGCAACAUGCCAACUUCAAGGUGCGUAUCAAUGCCACCAGUGUGCUGCUGCAUAUUAGGGGUCGUGAGGAUUUCGGCCAGCACUUUGGCACUGUGUGGCGUGCGCUCCUGGAGGCCACCGAGCGUUCUAAUGCACUGGAGAGCUUCGAGGAAUACAAUCAUCGGGAUGCCCUGCAACAGCAGCUCUGUCUGGCCAUUGCCCAUCUGUUGGAAUUGGCGCGAGCCGAGGACCUGCCCGGCUGCUGGAAUGAACUUGAGGGCCAGCUGGACGUCGUCUCCGGCACCUGGGUACGAGUGGCGCACCGCAUUGUACCCGAAAAAGCGGCCCCCCUCUACACAUGUGCUCCCCUACUCCAGCAGCGCAUGCAAUCUCUCAGCGGUGAGCAACGCACGGCCCUCGCCAGUAUUUUGAAGGCAGUACGUCUCGAGGGUUGAGCCUCACGGUGCUUUAGCGUUAGAAUACCAACACCUUCAUCUCUAUGUUAUUUUAAUUUAAUCGAUAUAUGUAUGUUUGUAUAUACUAAUACUUAUGUUAUCACAAUCAGAAUUAAAGCAUUUGCUGAAUAACAGUGGACUUGGAAUCGAAA